AUGGAUACGCGGACGGCGACGGCCGAGCUGGGCUGGACCGCCAACCCUCCUUCGGGGUGGGAAGAAGUCAGUGGCUACGACGAAAACCUCAACACCAUCCGUACGUACCAGGUGUGCAAUGUCUUCGAGCCCAACCAGAACAACUGGCUCCUCACCACGUUCAUCAACCGGCGUGGAGCUCACCGCAUCUACACCGAGAUGCGCUUCACUGUGCGGGACUGCAGCAGCCUCCCCAAUGUCCCCGGCUCCUGCAAGGAGACCUUCAACCUUUACUACUACGAGACAGACUCUGUCAUUGCCACCAAGAAGUCUGCCUUCUGGACGGAGGCACCCUACCUCAAAGUGGACACCAUUGCUGCUGACGAGAGCUUCUCCCAGGUGGACUUUGGUGGCAGGUUGAUGAAGGUGAACACAGAAGUGAGAAGUUUCGGGCCCCUGACCCGCAAUGGCUUUUACCUGGCUUUCCAGGACUAUGGAGCUUGUAUGUCUCUGCUGUCCGUCAGGGUCUUCUUCAAGAAGUGCCCCAGCGUGGUGCAGAACUUCGCCAUCUUCCCAGAGACAAUGACAGGAGCGGAGAGCACCUCUCUAGUGACUGCCCGCGGCACCUGCAUCCCCAACGCCGAGGAGGUGGACGUGCCCAUCAAACUGUACUGCAACGGGGACAGGGAGUGGAUGGUCCCCAUCGGCCGCUGUACGUGCAAGGCUGGUUAUGAGCCGGAGAACAAUGUGGCUUGUAAAGCCUGCCCGGCGGGGACGUUCAAGGCCAGCCAGGGCGCGGGGGUCUGCGUGCCAUGCCCUUCCAACAGCCGCUCCACUGCCGAGGCCUCACCGGUCUGCAUGUGCCGCAAUGGCUACUACCGGGCGGAUUUCGACCUGCCAUCAGCUGCUUGCACCAGUGUCCCAUCUGGCCCCCGCAAUGUCAUCUCCAUCGUUAAUGAGACGUCCAUUAUCCUGGAGUGGCACCCACCACGAGAGACGGGUGGUCGGGAUGAUGUCACCUACAACAUUGUCUGCAAGAAGUGCCGGUCGGACCGACGCGCCUGUUCCCGCUGUGACGACAACGUGGACUUUGUCCCCCGGCAGCUGGGGCUGACGGAGACCCGGGUCUUCAUUAGCAACCUGUGGGCACACACGCCUUACACCUUCGAGAUCCAGGCUGUCAAUGGGGUUUCCAACAAGAGCCCCUUCCCACCGCAGCAUGUCUCCGUCAACAUCACUACCAACCAAGCCGCACCCUCCACCGUCCCCAUCAUGCACCAGGUGAGCGCCACGAUGAGGAGCAUCACACUUUCCUGGCCUCAGCCCGAGCAGCCCAAUGGCAUCAUCCUGGACUACGAGAUCCGCUACUACGAGAAGGUGAGCCGCAUCUGCACGCCCGACAUCAGCAGCACCGUGGGCUCCAGGCCGGCAGCGGACCACAACGAGUACAACUCCUCCAUGGCCCGCAGCCAGACCAACACGGCCAGGAUUGAGGGGCUGCGACCCGGCAUGGUGUACGUGGUGCAGGUGCGAGCCCGCACCGUGGCUGGCUACGGCAAGUACAGCGGGAAGAUGUGCUUCCAGACCCUGACGGACGAUGACUACAAGUCAGAGCUGAGAGAGCAGCUGCCUUUGAUUGCGGGGUCUGCAGCGGCUGGGGUGGUCUUCAUUGUCUCGCUGGUGGCCAUUUCCAUUGUCUGCAGCAGGAAGCGCGCCUACAGCAAGGAGGCAGUGUACAGCGAUAAAUUACAGCACUACAGCACUGGCCGAGGGUCUCCAGGGAUGAAGAUCUACAUUGAUCCCUUCACUUAUGAGGACCCCAAUGAGGCGGUCCGAGAGUUUGCCAAGGAGAUCGAUGUAUCCUUUGUGAAGAUUGAAGAAGUCAUUGGAGCAGGGGAGUUUGGAGAAGUGUAUAAAGGACGCCUGAAGUUACCUGGCAAGCGGGAGAUCUAUGUGGCCAUCAAAACGCUCAAAGCCGGCUACUCUGAGAAGCAGCGCCGGGAUUUCCUGAGCGAGGCCAGCAUCAUGGGGCAGUUCGACCACCCCAACAUCAUUCGGCUGGAAGGGGUGGUGACCAAAAGCCGACCGGUCAUGAUCAUCACAGAGUUCAUGGAGAACGGGGCCCUGGACUCAUUCCUGCGGCAAAACGAUGGGCAGUUCACAGUGAUCCAGCUGGUGGGGAUGCUCAGAGGAAUUGCUGCCGGGAUGAAGUACCUUGCAGAGAUGAAUUACGUGCACCGAGAUCUGGCUGCCAGGAACAUCCUGGUCAACAGCAACCUGGUGUGCAAAGUGUCGGACUUUGGCCUCUCGCGCUACCUGCAGGACGAUACUUCUGACCCCACCUACACCAGCUCCUUGGGGGGGAAGAUCCCCGUCAGGUGGACGGCGCCGGAGGCCAUCGCCUACCGCAAGUUCACCUCGGCCAGCGAUGUCUGGAGCUACGGCAUCGUCAUGUGGGAAGUGAUGUCGUUCGGAGAGAGGCCCUACUGGGACAUGUCCAACCAAGACGUAAGCACUGGGGAGUUAUCCACACAGCUUUGGGGAGUGUCCCUGCACCAGCUGAUGCUGGACUGCUGGCAGAAGGACCGCAACACCCGCCCACGCUUCACCGAGAUAGUCAACACCCUUGAUAAAAUGUUCCGCAACCCGGCAAGCCUCAAAACUGUGGCUACCAUCACCGCUGUGCCUUCUCAGCCCCUCCUCGACCGCUCCAUCCCCGACUUCACUGCCUUUACCUCAGUAGACGACUGGCUGAGCGCUGUGAAGAUGAGCCAGUACAGGGACAGCUUCCUGACGGCUGGCUUCACGUCCCUGCAGCUCGUCGCCCAGAUGACAUCCGAAGACCUCCUGAGAAUAGGGGUGACUUUGGCUGGGCACCAGAAGAAGAUCCUGAACAGCAUCCAGUCCAUGCGAGUACAGAUGAGUCAGUCUCCAACCUCGAUGGCAUGACGUCCCUCGUUCGAUGGGGAGGGGACGGGGAGGGCACACAACGAGGGGCAGAGGUGGGAGGGGAGGAACUGACAGGUGCUGCGGGGAGAGGUACCACAUUUGGAGAGGUACCGCCGCUGCCUGGGGACUGUGACCGCAGAUGAAGGAUGUUCCUGGGACUCAUCUCUAACUGGUGACUUCCGUUCCUCACCAACAGAAGCACACUUACCAAUGUCAUGAGGAACGGCGUAUAAAUACAUAUAAAUAUGUACAAAUCAUAUAUUUAAAAAACAAACAAAAA